AGUGCCUACACCACACAGUACCUACAGCCCUCCCGUCUGCACACCAGUGGCACAGAAUGGCAGCUAUUCUUCCUACAAGCAUCCUGUUCUCUCUUUUCAUCAGCUUCGUAGCCACAGAGCCUGAGUAUAGUGAAGGAUACUUCGUAUUUGAGCAUCCUAUCAAUAACAUUGCUGCUGGUAGACGACAUGUUAUCGUAGCCACAGAAAACUGCCAGUACCAAUUUAAUCACACACUUCAUAAGGUGAAAAGUUCAGCAGCAAGUGGAGAAAAUGGAAAUGAGUGCAUGAAAAAAGGAGACAUAGGUCAGACUACUACUUAUUAUAACAAAAUCCUGCUUGUUUAUAAUGACACUGUGCUCAGUUGCUGGAAUGAAAACCGAGGAUCCUGCAUGGAGAGAAGUAUCGAUGGUCUGAAAGUUCUAACAGAUCGUACAGAGGGCAUCGUGCCUUGUGACCGGGAAAAUGCAGCUGUGGGGCUCAUGUUGUUUAUUAACAAUCUGUUCUAUUUAAUUGUUGCUAGAUUUACUCAUCCUGAACAAUGUCAAGAAAAACACCCAAUAGAAAUUAGAGAAAGAGCAUCCGAUGGUUUGUAUGUAACUACAGGUUCUGGAAGCCAUGUUUUAUUAAAGGAAGAUACAAAGGGCCUGCAUUUUGUGGAUGCAUUUCAAUGGAAGAAAUAUUUGAUCUUUCCUUAUUACCCAUCUAUCAGUACAGUUGCAAGGCUUGUUGUUCUGACUGUAAAUAAUUUGGCUUUGGAGUUUCAAAGUCAGACCAAUCUUAUAUGUGACAGGGAGCAACAAAGAGGAGUUAUUUUGUCUUCAUUUGCAUUUACUACUUCAGGAGGAUAUUUUUGGGCAGGAAUAUUUGCUACAAACAAGAAAGUGUCCCCGGACAGAACAGCACUUUGCGUCUACAACUUCACUGUCUUAGACAGAGAAGGCACAUCAUGGUGUAUCGAUCAUGACUUUGCCGUUGGGCAGGACAGCUGCACUACGUUUACUGAUCUUUUGCCAAUACGUGAAAAAUCAACUCUGAUCCACGGAGACCUAUCUGCAGUAUAUGCAAUGGAAGUGCAGAAGAGCCUGGUAUUUUUUCUUGGAACUAGAAAAGGACAAAUACUUAAGGUGACUUUAAACUCAAAUUACACUGCAAACUGUCCAGAAAUUUUAUAUGAAUUUAAUCAAGAAGCUCCAGUGUUCCGGAAUAUUCUCCUGGAUCCUAUUGACAAUACCUACAUAUAUGUUGCCACUGUGCAUGAGAUGAAAAGGCUGAAAAUUGCGACGUGUGAUCAACAUACAUCUUGCAAUGAAUGUUUAUCUAUGAAUGAUCCACACUGCGGAUGGUGCCAGUCAAAGAAAAGGUGCACCAUGAAUACAGAGUGUGAAGCAUUCCCUGCACUAGGGAACUGGAUUGGAAUUUCUGAGGAAUAUGACAAAUGUCUGGGAAUUCACGUGUUUCCUGCAGAUCAGAGAAAGGUCAGAAUAACCAUUAGGAAGCAUCCUUCAUUACUUGGCAAAAAUGCAGCUUGGGAUUGUGUAAUUAAAAAUACAGAAACAAGUGAAACACUUUGUUCGCAGAACACAUCAUCAUCCAUGGACUGUUCCUGUGAAUUUUCUGCAUAUUCACCGUCAGACAGUGAAAUCAUAUCCGUUGAAGCAAAAAGUAAUAGCGGAACUGUCUCCACACAGCUACAGUUUAAAAAUUGCUCGCAGUAUUCGGAGUUCAGUUGCUUGGAGUGUAUAUCCAGUGGAUGUUUAUGGUGUACCAAAGAUUCUUCAUGUAAUUCUCCACUGACUCCGUUGACUGAAUGUGCAGAUUAUGCAGAUGAGGCUAAAUGCAAAAGCAUUGAAGACAAAACAGCACUGAGCACGCCAUCUAAUGUGUCCAUUACAUCUGUCAUGCCUAGCAGGGUAACCUCUGCUGGAAAGAAGAAAGUCCUAAUUAUUGGGGACAAUUUGAUGAACUUGUCAAGAAUGUUUUUAUCUGGUACCAGCAACUGCAAACCACAGCAAGUCAAAGUUACCAUGCCCCUAAAUAACACACAUGCCUAUAUAUCCCUGCCACAAAGCCGCAAAGAAAUAAAGAGAUUAUGUGCAGGUUUUGACCAGAAUUGCUACCAACGAGAUAUAUUCUAUGAAUCAUUGCCAACGUGUUCUGUAAAUUUUCCAAAUUCUGUGUGGCUAAGUGGUGGUCGAAAUGUCUCAAUAUCCGGUAUAAACCUGGAUUUUAUAGAUAAUUUAACCAUUUCAGGAAACACAUUACACCAGAGACUUAAUCAUUUAGGAAAUAAUACACAUCGCUAUUUUAUAGCACCAGAAUUAUCUGAAAUCAUUCAGAAUAUCAGAAUAAAUCUAAUCAUUGAAGAACAUGCUGUAAACUGUGGGGAAUUACUUUACAAGAAGAACCCUACUUUCACUACUUUUGCUGUACUUUAUGACAUUGAUGGUGAGAUUGAACUAAGAAUAAAGAAAAAAAAAGAUGAACUUCACAUACAAGCAAAUGAAAUUCAAGUUCUCAUUAAUUAUGAAGAUAAAAUAAUAAUCUGUGAAGUGCAGAAUAUAACAGAAAAUUAUGAUGAUAAUACUAUAUUAUGUAAAGCUAAAAAGAAUUUCACAGGACAAAUUGAUGUUUAUAAAAUGGAAGUAAAGGUUAUUCUGGGCAAAUUUACAACUACAUUGGAAAAGGAUUCAGAAAUUUCCUCUCUAUACCUAUACAUACUCCUCAUUAUUCCUCUUCUACUAAUUGCAGUUAUUGCUGCCUGUCUGCUAACCAGACAUAAAUCCAAACAGCUAAGCAACAAACAGAGAAGACAGCUUGAGCAGCUGGAGUGUGAAAUAAGACAAGAAAUACGUGAUGGUUUUGCUGAAUUUCAAAUAGACAAAGAAGUUGUGACACUGGACACACUGGGAACUAUUCCAUUCUUUGACUACAAACAUUUUGCAUUGAACACUUUAUUUCCAGAGUCUGAUGGAAGCAGACAAGAUUUAUGUGAAAAACUAUGUGAAAACACCCCUUCUCCAUUCCAAGCUAGAAAAACAGCAGAAGAGGAGGAAAUCAUAACUAGUCUGAAGACUAUAUUUGAGAACCAAGGGUUUAUGGUCUUAUUGAUCCACACAUUGGAGGACCAGCGUGAUUUCUCAGUCAAAGACAGGUGUAUGUUUGCAUCUUUCCUGACCAUUAAUUUUCAAAGCAAUCUUCUCUACCUCACUGGGUUGCUUGAAAUUCUGAUUAAAGAUCUAAUGGAGCUAUCAAGCAACAAACACCCAAAACUAAUGCUGAGACGGACAGAAACAGUUGUGGAAAAGUUACUGACCAAUUGGAUGACUACUUGCCUGUAUGGCUUCCUGAGGGAAUCCGUAGGGGAACCUUUGUAUGGUUUGUUUCAUACAUUAAACCAGAGGAUACACAAAGGUCCAAUAGAUGCAGUAACCUGCAAAGCUCUUUAUACUUUGAAUGAGGACUGUCUGCUAUGGCAAAUUACAGAGUUUAGUAACGUGGAGAUCAGUGUGUAUUUUCCAACAACCUCAGAAGACCACCAAAGUGAGGAAUACGUCAGUCAGUGUAUAAAGGUCACUGUUUUGGACUGUGAUACUAUUGAACAAGUCAAGGAGAAAAUUCUUCAGACUUUUCAGACUGUAAAAGGAUAUACUUAUGGACUCCCCCUUUGUGAUAUGGGAUUAGAACUUCAUCAUGGUCAGACACAUAAGGAACUAUCAGACACAGAUGAUUCUACUAUCAUAGUGGAGAAUGGUUUGAAAAGAUUAAACACCAUAAAACAUUACAAGAUUGAGAAUGGAGCAACCGUCAAAGUCAUUUCAAGAAAAGCCUGUGGUUUACGAGAUACUGAAUAUUCCACUGGUUAUAUCCAUUUGGAGUCACUGGAGUCUGAAGAUAAUGGGGAUCUGCAAAACAUGGAAAAUAAAGGCAAACAAAAGUUUAAAGUAAAGGAAUUGUAUCUGACAAAACUACUUUCUACUAAGGUUGCUAUACAUUCUGCUGUUGAAAAACUGUUUCGAAGCAUAUGGACGAUUCCACACAGCAAACCCCCAGUGGCUAUAAAAUACUUUUUUGAUUUCUUGGAUACCCAGGGAGAGAUCAAGAAAAUUACAGAUCCAGAGGUGUUGCACAUUUGGAAAACAAAUAGCCUUCCUCUACGGUUUUGGGUUAACAUACUGAAAAAUCCACAAUUUGUCCUGGACAUUAAAAAGACCCCUCUUUUGGACAGCUGUUUGUCAGUGAUUACACAGGCCUUUAUGGAUGGAUUUUCUCUUGCAGAACAGCAACUAGGAAAGUCUGCUCCAACUAACAAGCUUCUUUAUGCAAAAGAUAUCCCACACUAUAAAGAGGAGGUUAAAGCUUACUAUAAAGAAAUCCGAGAUGCACCUCCAUUGUCUUCCACAGAGUUGACUGAGUUCUUAACUUUAGAAUCAAAGAAACAUGAGCAUGAAUUUAAAGAAGAUGUAGCUAUGCUGGAACUCUACAAAUACAUUGACAAAUAUUUUAAUGUGAUUAUGACCACCUUAGAGAAGGAGACGGGUUUCGACAAUGAACUGAAGCAGUUGUUGCAGCUCAAAAAAUUAAUUGCUGAUAGGAAGAAGUGUUCAUGGGAAUAAGGACAUAGAGCCGGAUUCCCAGUCACUGCUGCUUAGACGUGCACAUAGAUAUUGUAGAAGUUGUAACGUCUGCUGUCUGUUUUCAACGUGUAUCAUCACUUUAUACCAUGACACAAAAUAAGAUCUGUUUUCCUGGAAUCCUUAUGUAACCUAAAACAUGAUUACAUUUACAAUAUCCAAAGUUCUCUUAAAAGAUAAAGUUCAUUUAACUUAAAACUGUCCCUAGUAAAAGUCAACUGCUUAUCCCACUGAAUACUUGCUCCCGUGACUGAGGAUAAAGCUCUAAUCCUCCUCAGCUAUACAGAGUGCCGCUCAGCCAUGAGCCAAUGUCAUUCCCUGAUUACAUUUACCCCUGCUCCAUUGAUACACACACACACACACACACACACACACACACACACACACACACACACACACACACACACACACACACACACACACACACA